AUGGACUUCGCCCCGUACCAGUCCUCGCCUCCAGAGCACUCGCGCGUGGCAUCGCCCGAGUUCGCCGGCAACGCCGCGUCCCCUCGGCCGUCGCACGAUGCCGGAGGCCGGCGACCGUACUCGCCCUCGGCCGCCCUCAACGCGAGAAGCCCCCCGCCCCUCCAGCACCCGCAGCCGCAGCGCGCCUGGGGCGGCGACUUUGAUGGCCAGACGCAGGCCGGCUCCUGGAUCGGCGGCGGCGGCGGCGGCAACGGCGGCGUCGCCGCCAUGCCCGGUGCCUACCCUGCCGCCGAAAUCAGCGAGUUCGACACCAGUCUGGGCCUCAGACUCGACUACGAGGCCUGCCUUGCAUAUCUUGCCCUACCACCGCUCGGCGCCAUCCUGCUGCUCAUCCUAGAGCGCAAGAGCGACUACGUUCGAUUUCACGCCUGGCAAUCAGCCUUGCUCUUCACUGCAAUCAUGAUAUUCCACCUCAUCUUCUCUUGGUCCUCGUUUCUGAGCUGGCUCUUCUUCGUUGGUGACAUGGCCCUCAUCGCUUUCCUCACGCUGAGAGCAUAUCGCGAUGCCGAGAUCCUAGACAGGUUCGAGGUCCCAUUCUUUGGCAGGAUAGCGAGCCGUUUUCUGGAUGACGAGUAG